AUGGACCUCGCAACGCUCGAAGAGGCAAACCGCCUUCGAGAGUCUAUGGGCCUCAAGCCUUUGCCUAUUCCAGGCCAGGAGCCACAGUCGAGAAACAGCGAUGAAGAUGACGACGAUGAUGACGAUGAUGACGAUGGCGAAGAAGACGACCCCAUGGCAACACUUGAGGGCCGCCACGCGGCAGCCUUUGACAACUUCAAGCAGGUGCAGCAUGCCCAGUUGGCCAAACGCCGGCGCGAAGAGAAGGCAGCGGCCGUGAAGCGUGCACGCGAGAAAGCACAACGACACGCACUUCUUGAGGGCAAAACGCUGGGUGACCUGGAUGAUGAAGACGGUGUUGAUGCUGACGGUGACGCCAAGUCGUGGCUGCGCGGACAAAAAAAGCGCCAAAAGAAAAUUGGCAAGGUUGAAGAGAAGCAAAAGGCCAGCGAAGCUGCGACGGCCGAGGAGGAACGGCGGAGGCGGCGGCGAGCUGCAGGUGCGUCGAGCGAGGGCGAGGGCGAUGACGACCUUCUGACAGGUGUGAAGGUGGGACAUGACAUGGCGUCGCUCCUGGACGGCGACGACCAAAUCCUCACGCUCAAGGACGCGACAGUAUUGGACAACGAGGAUGAGGGCGAUGAGCUGGAAAACCUUGGCUUGCGCGAGGAAGAGCAACUUCAAGAGCGUCUGGCAUUGAAGAAAAAGCGUCCCAAUUAUGACCCUCUGAAUAAUGACGAAGGCUCACACACGAUCCUUGGCCAUUACGAUGAGGAGAUCUACGGCAAAAAGCGAAAGCAUUUUACGCUUGACCCAAAUGCGAUCCUGGGUCUAGGUAGCGGGAGCAAAGGUGCUGCACCGGGCGCCUCCAACACAGGCGCGGCCGCUACCAAUGGCCAGGCUGCAGAUCAACAACACCUGGCUAUCGAUGACAUUCUGUCUGGCAUGCCUUCAUCCGAUUACCUCGACGCGCCUGAAAUAAAGAUGAAGAAACCAAAGAAGAAGACGUCCAAGACCAAAAAGACACGAACACGAGGUGGAGAUGAUGACGAAGGUCUCUUUCCGGCUUCCGCCGCCGACAACGAAGGCAACAAUAGCGGCGCUGUCGAUUAUGCGGAGAUGGACCUUGAUGAUGGGAUAGAGCUAGCGGCCAAGAGGCGAAAGCGCCGGGCCAUGGAUGCAGAGGAGCUUUUCCGCGAUGACGACGAACUGCAAGCCUCACUGGCCCUGCAACGACGUGAAGCUCUGAAAAAACGGAAGCGGACUCGACCAGAAGACGUUGCCAAACAACUACGAGAGGAGCCUGCAGCGCCUGCAGAAAAUGGCGAGAAUGGCGAUGGUGACGCCACCCCUGCAACUGGCGGCCUUGUCAUUGACGAGACGGCUGAAUUCAUCAACAACUUGAAGCGGCGAGAGGACCGUGAAGAUGAUUCCCCACGGCCCAGAAAACAAGCCCUAGCAUCGUCAGUGACAGCCAUGGAAGAGAGCGAUAACGAGGAUGUUGCGAUGAAGGAUGGGGGCGCGGACGGAGAAAACGCACGCAAUGAAUGGGAGGGCAGGAGUGCAUCCCACCACGACAACGGUGGCGGUCUUGAGGAGGAGAAGAAGAUCAGUGAAGGCUUGGGCGCGACGCUGUCGAUCUUGCGGGGACGCGGCAUUCUAGAUGGCGAAGGCGGGGACGACGGUGUGGGUGCCUCCGAGAGGAACGCGCGCAUGCGGGCGCACCAAAAGUUCGUCACAGAAAAACGGGUACAGCUCGCACGGUUGGAAGACGAGGCACGUCGCAAGCGCGAGCAUGACCGGACAUCCGGCCCCAUGUCGCGUAUGUCUGUGCGUGAGCGCGAAGAGUAUGCCCGGAAACAGAACGCACAGCGCGAGUUCCAGACAUCGCGCAUGCUGCAAGACAUGUUCAACAAGAGCUACACGCCGAACUUUAACCUAGAAUACGUUGACGAGCACGGCCGAGAGCUGAACCAGAAGGAGGCUUUCCGAGCUCUGAGUCAUGGAUUUCAUGGCAAGACCAGUGGCCGUGGGAAGACGGACAAGAUGUUGAAGAAGAUUGAGGCCGAGAAGCGUCACAUGGCGGAGGGCAUCUUGGACGCCAGCCAGAAUGUCGGCAUGAGCUCUGCAACGGCACAGCAGCUCAAAAAGCGCAAGGAGGCGGGCAUUCGACUAGACUAA